GAAAAAUAUACAAAACAUGAUAAUAGAAAGAUGCAAUGUGAUAAAAAAAUGGGAGAAUCUCUUUAUGGUUCACAGAAUUUUUAUUUAAAAGUAUCACAAGAAUCCAUUAUAUCUGAUACUCAAAAUUUAAAUAGCGACGAUGUAGAUGUAAUAGAAAUAAGUGAUUCUAGCUCUAACUCAACUUGUUCUAUAAAUAAAAAUGUUACUAAAUUAGAAUUAAUAUCAAAGAAACAUCUUGCAACAAAGAAUAAUGUUUCACGUAUCAAGAAUAUAAAUGUUAUUCAUGAUUCUUCAGAUUCUGAUUCUAUAUGUAUUGAAGAUGAAAAGUAUUUUCAAACAUGGAAGGCAAAUAAGAAAUCUUAUUUUUUAACUAAACAUCAAGAAAGGCAGGAUAUUGCAAAAAGAAAUAAGAUAUUAUACACAUCCGAUGAAUCUUCAUCUGAUAGUAUUGAAUAUAUUAAAGACUACAUAACUUCUAAUAAAACUAGUAGUAGUGAUUGCAUCAAUUCUACAACUGGAAAAAGUAUUAAAGGUACAUCAGAAACAAAUAUCCAAUUUCAUAGUGAUAUUGCACAUCGAAACAAAUUGUUAUCAAAUUGUACUACUAACAGUAGUAUUGAUACUUCCAAAAGUUCAAGUAGUAAUGUUCAACCAUCUAAAAGUGGUUUUAACAAAAUGUUAUCACGUGAAGAUGCUAAAAAUAUUAUUAAAAAUAUACAAUCUACAAAAAUAAUAUACGAAUCACCAAAAAUUUCCAAAAUAAAUGCUAUAUUGCCCAAUAAAGAGGUAGAUUAUAAUAUGAUACAUCCUGCCAUUUCACCCCAAAACAAUUUAGAACCAAAUAAUGUAGUUAUUGAUGAAACUCCAGUGGAUUCUGAAAAUGAUAUUAUUCAAAAUUCUCAAGUGGAUCUAACAAACCCUUAUAAAACUCGUGUUAGUAAGUUUUUGGAUAUGGAAAAUGUGGAAAAAGGUCCAAGAACAUGUACUGAACUAUCUGAAAGAAAAAAGAAACAAAUUGCACAAUGGCUUAUGGCAAAUGUAUUUGAUUCCCAAAGCGAUGAUUCAAGUGGUAUUGUAACUUGUACUAAUAAAGAUGACAUAAGUUCAGGAAAUAGCAGUCUAGAAAGAUUAGAAAUGGUUUAUGAAACUCCAAAUAAUAGGGGAAGAAUACAUCAUGAACCUGUGAGUGAAAGUCCAUAUACAUGUCAAAUAAAAGUUAAAGAACCUAAUUGCUAUAAUAAACCACUCUCUAUAGUAUCACAUCAAACUACAAUGAAUGAAUAUAUCCAAAAGAAAAAUAAUAAUGCUUCUGAAUUGCAUAAAUUGAAAAAGAAUCCUACCGAUAAUAAUAUGUUUCCAACUCUAACAAACCCCACAAGAAACAUGCCACAAAAUGUAGUUAUUUCAGAUUGUGCAGAUAUAUUAGAUAAAUUGUAUGGAAAAUCUUGGCGUGAUAGGGCUGAUGUAUUAUUUCCAAAAUCUGAAGUACGUAAACAAAAGAUUAGAAUAAAAAGUAGAGCUGUUCAGACUGAAAGAAAAAUGAUAAGCAAAGGAAGGUUGGAUGCAUCAAAGUCAGAUGAUGACUUUAACACAUCCUUAAAAGAAUUGAAAUCACAAAAUGUAACAACAAAAAGAAGUGUUCGUAAAAAUACGAAACAAAGAGAUAGCUUUAUUAACGAUCAAACAUCAUCAGAAAGUGGUUGUGAAAGUACAUACUACACCGCAUUAACAAAUCCAAGAUUAUCGAAAAAUAGUACAGAAUCAAAACCAGCAGCUCCACCGAUAAUAAAACGACUCAUGACAAUAUGUGAUGAGCAUAGUGAAAGUGAAAAUGAUACAGGUAACAAUAAUGAAAUAUGUAACAUAAGAUCAAGAAAGCUGUCAUUCAAUACUGAUGAAAGUGAAGAUUCAAGUACUAGUGAAUUUGAUCCUGGUGAUGAAAUACCACCAAAACCUACAACUAAAAAGGAUUCCACUAAAACUGCACGACAAAUAUCUAAACUAAACACCCGAAGUAAAAUACCUGUUGAUAAUCCAAGAUACGAAAAAUAUAAUAAUAACUUCUUAGUAUCCUUGAAUGAAGAUAUUCCUCUUGCUAAAGCACACCCAGAUGCUAAGAAGUAUAGAUUAGAUUAUAAAAAUACUAAAGAAACUUUAUGUAAUUAUUUGUAUAAAUUAUAUAAUGAAAAUGUAUUUGAUAAUGAAUUACCAAAAGAUAUGACAAUAGAGUGGAAUGUUCGUAUGAGAGGAACUGCAGGUUUUUGUUAUAAUAAGAAAUCAGUGAAAACUCUUGGUGGUAUUGUAAGGUCGUCGCGAAUAGUUUUAGCAACAAAGGUUUUAGAUACACCAAACAGACUUAGGGAUACUUUAAUUCAUGAAAUGUGUCAUGCAGCUGCAUGGUUAAUAAAUGGGGUCUCUGAUGGACAUGGUCCAUUUUGGACAGGAUGGGCUAAUAAAGCUAUGAAAACAUAUCCUGAAUUACCACCAAUACGCAGGUGUCAUGAUUAUAAAAUUAAAACGAAAUUUACAUAUAAGUGUAUAAACUGUGGAUACAGUAUCGGUAGACAUUCGAAAUCCUUGGAUAUCAAAAAGAAACGAUGUGGUCACUGCUAUGGAAAAUUUGAAUUAUUAGUAAAUAAGACAACAAAGUCUGGAACUGUACAAAUGCAAACACCAAAGAGAGAACUUUCAGCAUUUGCAGCUUAUGUGAAAGAGAAUUAUAAUUCUGUAAAAAAAGAACGAAAUAUAAAACAUGGUGAGGUGAUGAAGAUUUUAGACGCAUGCGUUAGAUUCACGGUGUGGCGGCGGCAUCAACAGCGCACUCUAAAAACAGUCGAGCCGAAGAUGGCGACGUGCGAGUGGCGGUGUCGGUGCGGUGUUUAAGAGAAAGGACCAUGUUGCUGCCGCAGUGUUCGCAGUGUUUCCGUAAUCCGCGUUGAGUUCGGUGCAAAUGUAGGAAUG